AUGAUGUACGCAAUAACCAAAUAAAUGAGAUGAUCCACAUUGCAGAGUUUUGUAAGGGCAUACAUAGCGGAAAUCAUGAGUCAUUUAUCAACUCAUAAAUUUUUACUGUGCAACAGUAUUGCUUUCAGCUUCUUUCAUAGUACAUAUACAUGCUUAUUAUUAUAUGAAUACAAUUAAAUUAGACCAUCAUAUAAUGUAUCAGAAUGCAAUAAGCGGUGAU